GGUUGCGAGGAGCAGCUCCAGGUUCCUGGGGCAGAAGCCCUGGGUCGCGCGCCGCCGCGCCCCGCCCCAUCGUCCCCGCAGCCUCGCAGACUGCUGGGCUUUGUGGUUUGCCGGUGCCGCUGGGCCCCUGCUGGGGGUGUCGUCAGGAGCAUGUGCAGACAGCAGCCCAAGCCUUCAGGAUAAUUCCUUCGGCAGCGCCGCUGUAACUGAGUGUGACGAAGAUACAGACUCUUUACAUGAAGACAAAGACGACUGCUCUGGGCUCAGAGAUGAAGACAAUAAAGAGAACUACCCACAGGUGGCAGCUCAAAUAGACGAACUCGUCCCGCCCUCCCACGAGGCCCCGCAACAUGUAGAACAGGCCCCGCUAGUGGAUGGAGUGCUGAGAACCAGUAUGGGCAACUUCAAGUCCCGAAAGCCCAAAUCCAUCCUCAGAGCCGAGAGCGGCCGGAACCACGGAGAAAGCCAGGAGACAGAGCAUGUGGUACCCAGCCAGUCAGAGUGCCACGGGAGAGCGGGAACCCCGGCUCAUGAGAGUCCACAGAGCAACAUCUUCAGGUGCCAGGAAACAGUGCGACUUCAACCAAGAAUAGACCAGAGGGCUACCAUUUGGCCAAAGGAUGCUUUUGGAACUCAGCAGGACUUACAUGAGAAUUCCUUGCUGAAGCUCCAAGCCCUCGAAUCCGGUCUGUGCUCCGCGUUUCUGACCACCCAGGAAGAAGAUGGCCAAGUGCACGGAGCGAAGGACCCGGCCCCAGCUUCCACGCAGAGCGUGCCUGCCGACAGCGUGGAUCCUGCAGACCCCGUGCCAGCUCAUAAGGAUGCACAGGGCGACACCGACGGUACGCCAGAUGACCUCCAGUCUGCAGGGACCAGCAGGCUGCUCUAUCACAUCACAGAUGGCGACAAUCCCUUGCUGUCGCCACGAUGCUCCAUCUUUAGCCAAAGUCAGAGGUUCAACCUGGACCCCGAGUCAGCUCCAUCCCCACCCAGCAGCCAGCAGUUUAUGAUGCCACGAAGCUCUUCCCGAUGCGGUGGUGGGGAUGGCAAGGAGCCCCAGACCAUUACACAGCUCACUAAGCACAUCCAAAGCCUCAAGAGGAAGAUUCGGAAGUUUGAGGAGAAAUUUGAACAAGAAAAGAAAUAUCGCCCGUCACACGGGGACAAGACUUCGAAUCCUGAAGUUCUGAAAUGGAUGAACGAUUUGGCUAAAGGGCGCAAACAGCUCAAAGAACUAAAACUGAAGCUGUCGGAAGAACAAGGGAGCACUCCCAAAGGCCCUCGGAGAAACCUGUCCUGUGAACAACCUCCAGGCCCCAGAGAAAAUGGCAAGUCGGAAGCUGUGGGACCCGAGCCAGGCUCCUCAGGCGAGGAGACUUCAGAUGCAGUGAUGCUGGAGAAGAGAGAGCAGAUCCCGCCCCAGGAUGAUGUGAAGGCAACUAAGCAAGACAAGAACCCCACAAAGCCUCUUUAUGACCGAUGCAGAGGUCUCAAGCAAAUCCUGUCAACACCAUCCCUUAUCCCAACGAUUCAGGAGGAAGAGGACUCUGAUGAAGACUGUCCACAGGGAAGUCAACCACCUUCUUUACCAGACCCAGUGUCCCGCCUACCCGUCAGUGAUCACCUCAUCUACUCGGAGAUGGAACCCAUGAGGACUCUGCUACCAGAUGACAAGAAAGAAGGGAAGCAUCCUGCUCUCUCCAUGUCCAACUUGCACGAGGCCACCAUGCCUGUCCUUCUCGACCAUCUCCGAGAAACUCGGGCUGACAAGAAGAGGCUACGGAAAACCCUGCGAGAAUUUGAAGAACAAUUUUUUAAACAGACGGGAAGAAGCCCACAGAAGGAAGACAGGACGCCAAUGGCAGACGAGUACUGUGCAUACAAGCACAUAAAAGCCAAACUGAGGCUAUUGGAGGUCCUCAUCAGCAAGCAGGAUGUGGCCAAAACGAUUUGAGGUUCGGCUCUGAUCACUUCCUCUAAAGAUAGAAGUCAAAUUUAUUUCCCUCUACCGUUCUUGCUCAGUAGUUCUGAUGUCCUGAAAGCGGAAGCACUUUAGAGAUAGUAUUAGCUGUUUUGAUGAAGGGAGAGCUAGCGUAAUUCUACCCAAGAAGGCGUCUCAAUAGGGAAAUGAUAGGUAAUACUGGGAUGGGCAAAAGCUUCCAUGCCAAACUAAAGUCCAGAGUCAAAUGUAAUUGUUUCAAAAGACGUCUAAUAUCUUGUUAAACCAAAAUUAACACGUAGGCAGUCUACCUGCUUAGGAAAGGUUUAGAGGUCCCCAAGUUGAUUUUAUUGAUGUAUGGGAAGAACACGGUUUAAAUACAUUGGUGAGGCAAAGAAAAAUUCUGCUCUACAUCCAGGGAGGAAAGCAGCCAGACAGAAGGGAAUUUCAGUGAGAUGACAUCCACUACCUUGUCCUCUAAGUCUGUAGACGGUCAACACUGUAAAGUAACUCGGCUGUGUCACUGCUAACCUCUUAUUUCUAUGGAAGUAGUGCAUUACUCUAUCUGUUAUUUGAAAAUUUACAUUUCCAGUUACCAAAGUUCACUUGGAUGGCAUGUACUUUGUGAAUUAUCUUUGUCUAUAACUGAAAAAUGUUUAUAUUAAAAGUAAACUAUUAAAAUAGGUAUUUUGGAUAGAUGUGUCUGCAGUAAUAAGCUACUGUGCCCAUAGUACUAUUGCUGAUUUUCUUGUUUCCUAUACUAAGAUUCUAUAACUAUUUUUCCAUUGGGAAUGUGCAUCUUUGUUAACGUUCCAAGGUCUGUCCUUUAUAAAGUGAAAUACCUUUCUCGUGAGCCGCAUUCCUUCUGCACAGGGUAAGAAGCUUGGAAAUCACCAAGAGACCUUCUCUUUGCUUUAGUCAGUGUAUCUUGCUUUUUCUCCACUCACCCACUUCUCGGUUUGGUUUUUGUAAAAUCAAGUAACAGAUAGACAUUUUCUCAUUAUCAGCACUGUUCAUAUUUCUGUUUUCUGUAAUGUUUAAGCAUGGUGUUGAAGAAACUCAAGAUUUUCAUAUUGCUUGGGCGGAGAAAAGAAAACAGAUUCUAGACACGGACUAUGUCAGAGGUGUGUUGUUCUCUCUGUAUUCACCUGACGUUUUCAACCUUUUAUGAAUCAGAGUAAUGGCCUUCAUAAAUUUGUUUAAUUGAAGUCAUCUACUUGUAACAGGACAGAUACACAACUAUUUGAGGUUUACAAAUUACAUCUUUGAUAAGGGAAAUGGUUUCGUGAGAUGUAUACAAUUGCUAUUAAAAUGUAACUAUAUUCUAUAUGAUUGUAAAUAUUUUAUACAACAUCCAAAUAAAAUAUUUUUCUAUUAUA